AAGAAACACACUUAAACCAAAAAAUUGCUUUCAUAACCUGGAUUGAAAUAUUAUUAUGUUUUAAGUAAAGGAAAUGUGUAUUGCUUAGAGAUAUAAGAAGUUAGUGAAAAUAAUAUGUUAGUUGUCAAUAAUAAUAAAAUAAUAAGAUAUAGCGCUGUAUCUCAGAUCAUUCCAAGUAUAUCCGAAUGAACGUCACGAUGGUACUGCUUUAAAUAAUCUCCACACCAUAUGUUAAAUAUAAUUCAGUUUUACUUACUAACCUCCGAAGAUAAAUACAUAAGUACAUAAAUUAGCACUAUGCAUGAGCAAUGACUGACGGUAAGGAAGCUAGCCCGUGUCAUGAGUCCGCACUGAACGAGCGAUGGUUGAAGGCGCCCAAGCCGCUGGAUGCCAUACCCAAAGCUCAUCCUGGAAGUCAUGUGCCAUUCAAACUAUUGGCACUAUGCAUCGGAUUACCAAUCAUCGUAGCCAACUCCAUCGCGAUGCUUGUUUUCGCCAGUGAAAAGGAAAGGCCACCUUUCGUAAAAUACCGCUACCUUAGAAUAAGAAACAAGAAAUUUCCGUGGGGCGAUGGAGAUAAAAGCCUUUUCCACAAUCCAAAGAGGAACGCAACCAGCGAGGGAUACGAAGAAGAGAAAGAAGCAGCGGAAUAGCAGAAAAUAACAGUCCAAAUUUUCAUUUCUCAAUAAAAUCUUAUUUCUUAUUCCUGUUGAUUU